CACUUUACGACAUAACCCCAUCAUCGGGUUUACGGCAAGCAUGGCUAACUUGAAGCAAGAAGAAGACGACCCAGAACAUGCGAAAAUGUCAACAGAAAUACCAACAUCUACACAAACAGUACCUUCGGACAGUGUCCGAAGAUCAAUCAAACAGGAGGCUGACAUUACUUGUUUGAUUCCAUCGUUUGCAGAGGCUUGUAAACUAAUUGACACGCCGUACUCGUGCCUGGUGCUUGACACUCAUAGGAGACACGUUGCUCUACCACCUAUGCAUUUGAAAAAGAAGAAAACGGGGAUUGAAGAGGAAUUAAACUCCGAGCUUCUUAAGUAUUCCGAAAAUUUGAAGGGGGUGCCCCUCGCCUAUGACAACAUACAUUUAUUGGGACACCAUGGGGAUAUAUUCGACGAUCAAGGAUUCAUCCACUUCAACAUCGAAGCCUCCUUUGUUGUGUUCAAACCCAAGAAGGGACAGAAACUUGAAGGAGUGAUCAACAAGAUAGGCCUGACACACGUGGGUUGCCUCGUCCAUGGUUGUUUCAACGCCUCCAUCCCCAAGCCCAAAGAAAUGACAGCGGAGCAGUGGAGGGACUCAGGGCUGGCCCCGGGCGGAAGCCUGGAGUUCGAGGUGGUCCAACUGGAUGCUGAUGUGGCAGGGGUCCUUCUCAUCCGUGGCAGGCUCCACAAGAACUGGAGUGAAGAGAAGCUACACCAAACUGACCCGGACACAAAUAUCAGCCCUGUUGAGGCAUCUGACAACCCUGCUGUAGAUGGCGCAUCGGAAGGGGUUGAUGAUGACUCCCAGCCGAAAAAGAAGAAGAAGAAGAAGAGCAAACAAGUCAAAGAGGAGUUGGAAGAGAGUCUGGUCAGUGCCGACAUGGAACCCUCUAGGACAGAUGGCGACCUGAACUCAAAUGGUCACGUUGAGAAGAAAAAGAAAAAGAAGAAGAAGAAAGACGCGGAGCGGGAAAUGGAAGGGGCGGAGCCUGUGACUCCCACAGAGCUCCCAGGAAGUGACUCCAGUGGUUACCUUAGCGACAAAAGCAGCAAAAAGAGGAAGGCCUCUGGUGACACAAACGGUACAGGUGGUCUUGGUGAUUCAGAAACCCCUGUGGCCAAAAAGAAAAAGAACAAAUGAAAUGUGCUAACCUUAAUGGACAUGUAAUUGCCAUCAUACAUCAUAUUUCAAACAAACAAUGAAUUUUUACCUUUAAGUGUAGCAAGGAAGUGCCUCAAAUGUAUCAGAAACUUAAUAAACAGAGAAAUAUUUUUGUGUUA